UGAAAUAAAACUGCUUUUAACUUAAUAGGUGCAGUCGGAUGAAGAAGAGCAACAAGGCAAGCAGAAGCAACAGAAAAAAAAGAAGAAUGAAAAAGGAAAGCCAGUUAAGGUCCAUUCUGAUGAGGAGGAAGAGGAAGGCAAGCAGAUGCAUCAGAAAAAGAAAGGGAAAGGAAAGCUCGCCAAGAUACAGGUCCAUUCUGAUGAUGAGGAGGAGGAAGAGGAAAGCAAGCAGAAGCAGCAGAAAAAGAAAGGGUCAGGAAAACUUCUCAAGGGAAGUAAUUUGUUUGCUGCCUUAGCACAGAGUGACGAUGAUGACAGUGAAGAGGAUGAAGAGGAAGAAGUGGAGGAGAGAAGUAAAAGCAAGCCGAAGCCUAAAGGCAAGGUAAGUGGAAUUUUAUUUU